GAGAGAGAGAGAGAGAGAGAGAGAGAGAGAGACGCACUUGACAAGGAGUGUACGGGAGUGUGCGCGCUCGAGUCGGGACACCGGGAGUCGUGACCAUGGAGAUCCGCCCGGACCGCUUUAAGGCUGUGGCAGGGAAAACCCUAGGAAAGAUACACAGGAUCCUCGAGAAGAGACAAGAGAAUGGCGAGACCAUCGAGCUGUCAGCCGAGGGAAGGCCAGAGAUGGUGGAGGAGAAGGAACUGCCCAUUGUGGACUGCACCUGCUUUGGGAUGCCUCGCCGCUACAUCAUCGCCAUUCUCUCUGGUAUUGGAUUUUGCAUCUCCUUCGGCAUACGCUGCAAUCUCGGUGUGGCCAUCGUCAGCAUGGUCAAUGACCACACAGUGUAUUAUGGAAAAAAACCCGUCAUAAUGGCUGCUCAAUUCACAUGGGACCCAGAGACAGUGGGAAUGAUCCACGGUUCAUUUUUCUGGGGUUACAUCGUUACGCAGAUCCCAGGAGGCUUCAUCUGUCAGAAGUUUGCUGCCAACAAAGUGUUUGGCUUUGCGAUUGUGGCCACAUCCACUCUGAACAUGCUGAUCCCGUCUGCUGCGCGGAUCCACUAUGGAUGUGUCAUCAUGGUCAGGAUAUGCCAGGGUCUUGUGGAGGGUGUGUCAUAUCCUGCAUGCCAUGGGAUUUGGGCCAAAUGGGCUCCACCUCUUGAGAGAAGCCGAUUGGCCACGACAGCAUUCUGUGGGUCAUAUGCGGGUGCUGUGGUGGCGAUGCCCCUUGCUGGAGUGUUAGUGCAGUAUACUGGAUGGUCAUCUGUUUUUUAUGUAUAUGGUUGCGUCGGAAUACUGUGGUAUCUUUUUUGGAUCUUAGUGUCAUACGAGAGUCCAGCUGCUCAUCCAACAAUCAGUCCAGAGGAAAGGAAGUACAUCGAGGAUGCCAUCGGAGAGACAGCAGGGCUGGUUAACCCCCUUCAGAAAUUCAAAACCCCUUGGCGUCAUUUCUUCACCUCAAUGCCAGUGUACGCCAUCAUCGUGGCCAACUUCUGCAGAAGCUGGACCUUCUACCUGCUCCUCAUCAGCCAGCCUGCAUACUUCGAGGAGGUUUUUGGUUUCGAGAUCAGCAAGGUGGGGAUGGUAUCUGCACUGCCUCACCUGGUGAUGACCAUCGUAGUGCCGCUGGGGGGCCAGCUGGCUGACUACCUGAGAUCACACAACUUAAUGAGCACCACUAAUGUCCGCAAGCUCAUGAACUGCGGAGGAUUUGGAAUGGAGGCCACACUGCUGUUGGUGGUAGGAUUCUCUCACACUAAAGGAGUGGCUAUAUCAUUCCUCGUACUGGCUGUUGGCUUCAGUGGAUUUGCUAUCUCAGGCUUUAAUGUGAAUCAUUUGGACAUAGCGCCACGUUAUGCCAGCAUCCUGAUGGGUAUUUCUAAUGGAGUGGGCACCUUAUCGGGCAUGGUGUGCCCUCUUAUAGUGGGAGCCAUGACCAAACAUAAGACACGUGAAGAGUGGCAGUAUGUCUUCCUAAUUGCAUCGUUAGUGCAUUAUGGGGGUGUAGUUUUCUACGGGAUAUUUGCGUCGGGAGAGAAGCAGUCAUGGGCCGACGCUGAGAACACGAGCCAGGAGAAAUGCGGCAUCUUGGAAGAAGACGAGUUGGCCAAUGAGACUGAAGAGCUUUACAGAACGGGCGGACAGUACGGAGCCAUUAACCAGCCAACCACAGCCGGGCAAAACAAGAGUGAUGGUGGGGGUGGGGGUGGGGGUUUUGGUGGAGCUGGAUGGGUCUCAGACUGGGACAAAACAGAAGAAUAUGUACAACCAGUCGGGAGAAAUAGUUAUCUCUAUGGAGAAGAGGGUGAAAGGCAGCUCACGUAGUGGGAGUGGGCCACAUUUCCUGCCCCAGAGAGUUGGAGUCUAGCAAAAUAAUUCCCUGCUCAUAGAUACAAAGUGAUGUAUAGGUGGAUCCUCAAUAAGCCCCAAGCUGGACAAAGCUUUUGUUUAGAUGGACAGGGACACCAAUAAGAUUUUGGGGUCUCUUUCCAUACAGAUUAAUGUAAAAGUCUUUUUGUUGUUCUAGACUUUCUAGUCAAUUUUAGCAAAAAGAGUUUCUGGAUAGUACUUAAUUCUUAAUGAUUUUACAUAGAACCUUUGUUACUAGUCCCCCAAAGGGACAAAAUCGAGAACCAAAUUUUUCUCCGUACCCAGACCCCCUGAAAUUGAGGCCAGUAUUUGUGUGAGUGAAUUUGAAAACUGGAAAAUGGAGAAAGUAUGCGAAUGAUUUACUGGCCUUUUGGUUAAUGUUAGUUAGCUAGCUAACACCAGCUGAAUAGUAGCUAAAAAUAAAUAUAGAUAUUGAUAUUUUAUUAGUGAAAGUAAUAAAAUUGUCUGAAUUCAGAAUGUGCACAGAAGAUUUGUUUUCUAAAUUCACGUUUUCAGUGUGCCUAGUUGGAUUUGCGCCCAUGUUUUUUGGCUUUGAAUUACAGCCAUAGGGCUUGUUAUAUUCCUGAAUUUUCCAUCAACGCAACACAAAUCACAGCCAAGUUUACAUUAUUUAUAGACCUACGUGUUUUUGAGUUAACAGAACGUGAAUCAUUUCAAGUGACCUGUUAAAGUAAUAAAUUUCAACACGAUAAUAAUGCUGCGUUUCAGGCGAACAUGCACCUUAUACUGUAUUUCCCAGUAAAAGCCACCAAAAAAGCCCCCUUUACUCUUUAAUUAAUUUAAUGCGGUAUUGGCAUUAGACCAGUUCAUAUACAGACAAAUCUUUAUGUUAACCACUGAUUUGAGAAGGCAUUCGGCAACAUUGAAGUUAUCUAACGUUAGCCGGCUAGCGUCUUGCUAAUGCUACUCAAUAUUGUCUGCUAACUAAAGUGUUGCUAACGCUCUAUGGUAUUUUCUGUUGUUGUUGUUGUGCUGCUAUUUUAGUCUUUAUGGGUUUACAAUACUAAGACAGUAUUUAUAUCCAUUAAAGUAACUUUUUCUGAGGUUUUUUUGUGUUUUUUCCAUUUGACACGGUGAAUAUAACGAAGUGGGCAAAUUACAUUAAUGUAAAGGUGCCAUGAAUGCAGCAUAAACUUCAUUAUAACUUUGAUAAUUGUGCGUAACUCAUGCUAUGCUUCACAAAUCCCUAGGGGUCUCUGAAUGACACUUUUAGAACCACUUGUAGACCUUGUCGACCAAUACAUCCUGGUGUCUACUGUAUUUCAUGGCAAUUAAACAUCUUCCUGCUCCGCUAGGAUGGUUUACCUUUCAUUUGAGUUAGUUUGGUUGUUAGUUUGAGUAAGUUUGCUUUGCUAAUCAAAUGUUUUGCCCACCAAAGCUUGGGAAUUUGCUGUCCAAACUCGGGCUUCAUUUAAAUAAUAAGUCUGUGGAGCUGCAGCUAAAUACUUUAGCAGUGUAAACCUGGGAUUACUGGAUAUUUGCUUAAAUCAGGUGUCUUUGAGCAGGGAAAUCACUACCCUGGAUUUCUGAUUGAUUUUAGCUCUCCAAGGCUGGACUUGAAACCCCAUGAGUUAACCUGGUAGAGCAAAUUUAUUUGAAUGGGAAAGAUAUAACGAAAUACUGAACAUGGUGACAUCAUUAGUGUUAAGCAAACUCCAAUUUAAUAUAACGGAUGGGAAGUAAGACGGCACCACUACAAUGAGCAAAUCUUGAUGAAUAUGCUGUUAGAAAAAAAAAGUUCUUUAAGGGUUGGAUAAUUGAGCGUUCUCAGCUUUCAAAAUGGGUUCUAUCGGGUACUGUCUGUUCUAGGGUUUAAAAAAGACCUACUUAAGGGUUCUUGUGAAGAAAUGUAGAUAUUUAAUAAUGAUGUUAAUUGUAUGAAAUGAUAGUGAAAGGUGUGUCAGGCUUUUGAAUGUGAAUUUGAACUGUGUGUAAGUGUGUGUGUGUGUGUGUGGGUCAGUGUGGAAUUUGACGGUGCUGUGAUCUAAUUUCAAUAUUUUCAGGCUUUUUGCCAAAAUCACUGUAAUGCACUUAAUAUGAGGAUAAAUACCAGAUGUGUUCCUUUAGUGUAAGCUUGCAUGUGUGUACCUGUGUGUGUGUUUGUGUGGGUGUGUGUGUGUGUGGGUGUGGGUGUGUGUGUAUUUCAUUUCUGUGCACAAUUCCUUGUGUUUGUCCAUGGUUCCAUGGUCAGCACACAGCUCGCCCUCUCUGCCUCAUGCUCUAAUAAUAGAUUUCCUUAUUAAACCUGAAUUCCACAGAUCAUAUACAUCACAUUAGUGGUGUGUGUGUGUGUGUGUGUGUGUGUGUGUGUGUGUGUGUGUGUGUGUGUGUGUGUGUGUGUGUGUGUGUGUGUGUGUGAAUUUUUGUAUGUGUGUUUGCAUGUAUGCUUAUAUGUAGCCCUACAGAAUUAUUGGCACCCUUCGCAGUUAUUUAAAUCUUCAGAAAAUAAUUUAUUACAUCUUUUAGAUUUAGUUUUUUUUUUUCAAAUAAAAAUAUUAGAGGAUUUUCUAGUCAUUUUUUUUCAAAUAUGUGGCAAAAUUAUUCACACUCCAAAUGAAUAUUUUAAAUAAAUGUAAACAACUUAGUUUGAUUCUGAGUUUUUUCUAUUUUUAAUGUAUUAUUAUAUUUCAAAAUAUAGAGCUGAAAAUAUAAUUGUGUUAUAAAUGUGUUAUUCAUAACAUGUGUGUUUGUAAUAUUAUACGAAUUUCAUGAUUGGUGUCAAUAAUCUGUGUGUGUGUGUCAAUAAUCUGUGUGUGUGUGUGUGUGUGUGUGUGUGUGUGUGUGUGUGUGUGUGUGUGUGUGUGUGUGUGUGUGUGUGUGUGUGUGUGUGUGUGUGUGUGUGUGUGUGUUUAAAAGAGAUAAAAGCUCUAAAAAAAAAGUUGUAAUGUGAAGUACAGUAACAAUAGAAACCUGCUAGACAACCUUGUAAUAUCUCAUUUAUUUCCAGUAACACACAGCUAUUCACACACCAUGUUGUGAAAUCCUGAUUCCAUGUCUGUUUAU